AUGGGAAAAGGAAGGCGACGAAUCUCGGCAAGAGAUAAAAAUCUAGCAAAACAAGAUAAGAAACAGGUCAAAAUCCCUAAAACAAAAAGUGCGAUUUCUUCCGAUAAGGUGUCUACGGCGGCUUCCGUCCGGCGUCUUCUCCGGCGCCGGUGCUUGCUGGAUUCCUUCUCUUCAGGCCCGUCCCACCUCAUGGGACAGAAAAAACCCAAAAAAUCCUCUCCAUCAAAACUCUCUCGUUCGCAGAAGUCGGGUCCUCGGAAUCACAAACCGUCGACUUCGUCUUCUCAGUCUCCGGUGGCUGCGUCCCCGGCGACGACAUCUUCUUCACCUACUCUAGGCGUCGUGCCAGUGCCUGUGGUUACUGGUGUCGAUGCUUCCCCUGUUGCAAUCUCUCCCAACCCUACUGGGAUCGAUCUUGCUCCUAUCGCUGCCCCUAUUGUUGCUCCUGUGAUCGCGACUAUGGUUGCUGAUCCAGAACCAACCAACAAAGUUUCCAGGGCUGAAGAAGCCAAGGAAUCAACUGCACCUCCUGUUGAAACUGUGAUCGCGCCAAGGGUUGCUGAUCCAGAACCAACAAACCAACCAAUAUUGGCUCGAGAGGAUCCGGCUAGGACAAUCUCGAAUGGGCCUAGUGCUGCGUCUGCGAUUCGCACUUCAGUAACGAGUAAAGAUCCGACAGCAAAGGCUGCAGAUACUUGGGCCUCUCUUAUAAUGGGGGCAGGAAGACACGAAGGAGUCGCUCUAGAGGCAAAGCUUGGGCUGAAAAAAGAGCAGCCAGUGAUACACCAUUACCUAACGGUUCAUCUGUACAGGAGGUUGUCAAUGUUGACUCUAAAUUGGGAACAUCCAAGGACUUUACUCUUGGUGAGUCUAGCAAGCUGGUAG